AUGAAAUCCUUUGAUUGCCCCUCGUGCGAUAGAGGAUUCUCACGCCGUGAGAACCUCUCUCGCCAUAAGAAGACUCUUUACCCGCCUCCAUCAACUGCGGAAAUUAAUGCAAGUCAAAGAAAUUGCCAGCGAGAUGAUACGGAGAUCUCGAAUUUGACGGCAUUCACGGACGCAUAUUUCUGUUCCCAGGAUGGUAUAAGUCUGAGUCGAGAUGCCUGGGACGCCUAUGACUUUUCUGAUAUCUUGUACGAAGCUGCCGCUUCCCACUCCAACGAAGACGGAGAUAUCAGUAUUUCCCGAGAACCAGUCUUCGGCGUUGGAAGAAAUGAGUUCCCUGCUUCAAAGCAAAUUGUAUCUGUCAACCUCGCCCAGGACACCUCUGGAAAUACUACUCCACCUAGUCAGCCGAAUAAUGAAGAGCCCUGUCCAUUCGCUUCCGCAUCACCAUCCACACAGGCACAGCCCAUAUCUGUGGAAGAGAAUGACCCUCUACUGCAAAAUCAUAACCCCAGAUUUGAUAUCGGUAAAUGUGCUUGGACUACUAUGAGGCAGGGUCUAGCUUCCUCUUCUACUCCUAAUCAGCCCUUUACUAUGCCAUCCCUUGAAGUCACCAAUGCCUUCAUCGGUCUCUUCUUCAAACGCUUUGCCCAUAUAUGUCCUGUCCUUCACGAAUCUACGCUUGAUACAAACUCGUUACCUCCGGCCCUAUUAACGGUGAUGAUGGCCAUCGGCGCACUUCAUAGUCAACUACGCAACACUCGACCCCUUGCGAUGCUUGUUCUCGAACAGACACGAAUUAACACACAAACCGCUAUCGAGACUGACCGUACUCUUGUCUAUGAUCCCCUGACACUCUAUACUUAUACUCUGAUCUGCUAUGCAUGUCUUUGGUGUGGGAACAGGCGGUUGUUUGAGAUUGCUGAGACUCUACGCGGAUCCUUGGUCACGUUUAUUCGCCGCUUUCCGAAACACCGGAAUGCUGUUGAUCCUCUUCUGGACCUUAAGGAUCGCUGGUCUGACUGGAUACGAGCUGAGACGCAGUGGCGGUUAAAGUGGGCUGUGUUUAUGAUCGAUGCGCAGUUUCCUGUGCUGCUGAAUAUGAAGAGUAUGCUGUCUAUUUCUGAGAUAGCAAGAUGGCCAUGUCCGUGCGACGAAGAAUACUGGGCCGCACCAACAGCUUUGGCCUGGAGAAACUUACUUGGGACCGCUCCGUCACCGCCAGCUCCCGAUUUUGCCAUGGCCUACGCCCCUUUUGCGUGUUACUUGUGGUCGAGGACGCCUCUCCGUGGACUCCCGCCAUCGCGGAUUAACCGGUGGAGCAGCUUCUUGGUAGUUUUGUCUCUUUCUCAUAUGGCGCUGGAAUGGGCGCAUGAUUGGGAUCUGGCUGUGACUAUGGUUUCAUUGACGACCGAAGAAGACGAAAUGGUUGACGCCUUGUCCAGGGGACAAGACAAUGGAGAAUAUCGACUUCUUGCGGAGGACAGAAAGGAAAUAAUUGGAGCCUUAGAGCGUUGGUAUAUACAUCACGGGAACCGCCAUGGUGUCGGCUACUUUGAGCAAUCCCCUGUGGCGCAAGCGUCCUUUGGCGAGGCGGCUUUGCAAGUCUAUCAUCUAACGCGGAUACUGCUGCAUGUGUCCAUAUCCGACUUACAAGAUUCAAUUGGGGAGGCUAGAAAUCAAGGGCUAAGUACGGUAAUGCCCCGCCUUAAAGCUUGGUCCCAGAUCCAAGGCUUCGGAUAUGUGUCAUGGCCAGGGGAUAUCACCGAUGGGGCAGUGGUUUCCCAGGCCGUCGGAACGGCGGCAGAGGCGGCAACCGUGAUUGUAAAUAUUUUGAGUGGCUCCUCGGAGCAAUAUGCGACACCGUACAGCAUCAUCCUCGUCUUCCUUUCAUACUUGAUUCUCUGGACAUUCUCGAUCACCGCACCAGAUGACUUGAAACUGGAAUUCUUGCAGCUCUUACAACAGCUGUCCGUUUCUAGUCAAGUCGGUCAGCAGCUGCAACGUGUGAUGAAACCUGCCCUAGAGCGGGCGAUAGAGGUGGAUAGUGAGGAGGCUCGCUCCAUCCUUCGACAUGCUGUGCCAGUGUUGGCAAAAAUGAAGACGUGGGGUGCAUCCUUAAGUCUUUCUUUGCUGUUACUACGCCAUACUUGA